AUGUCACAAAAUAAUGAUGAAGCAAGAGCAGGAAUGUUUGAGAAAUCUAGAAAAGCAUUAGCAGGUGAACGAGAAAAUGUCCAGAAAAAAACUUUCACUAAAUGGGUUAAUUCUCAUAUCGCCAAAGUCCAUCUCGAAGUGAAAGAUCUAUAUGAAGAUCUAAAAGAUGGAAUUAUUAUUUUACGACUACUUGAAGUUCUAUCUGGCGAACGAGUGGGUAAAAUCACCAGAGGAAAAAUGCGAAUCCAACGCGUUCAAAACAUUAAUUUAUCUCUAACAUAUUUGCAAAAGAAAAACGUAAAAUUGGAGAAUAUCGGCGCGAAUGAUAUUAUUGAUAGCAAUCAUACCAUCACACUCGGCCUAAUCUGGAUUAUCAUUUUAAGAUUUCAGAUACAAGGUAUUCAAAUUGAUGAGGAAGAUGGCGGUGAAUCACGCGAAAAAAGAUCAGCUAAAGAAUCUUUACUACUGUGGUGCAAGAUUAAAACCCAAGGAUACAAGAAUGUGAAGAUUAACAACUUUACUACCAGUUGGAAGGAUGGAUUAGCAUUUAAUGCUUUAAUUCAUAGACAUAGGCCUGAUCUGGUAAACUACGACAAUUUACAGAGCAAGGAAGAUAUUAAAAAUUUACAAAGUGCUUUUCGUAUCGCAGAAGAAAAUUUCGGUGUAAUGCCUCUACUGGAUGCUGAAGACGUAGUCGAUUAUGCUGAUGAAAAAUCCAUCAUCACUUAUGUCGCAUCAUAUUAUCAAAUAUUUUCCAAAAUGCGAGCUGAAGAUGUUGUUGAACGACGUGUUGGAAAGGUUAUGAACAAAGUCAUGGAGAAUGCUAGGUUAAUACGGGAGUAUGAAACUUUAUCCACGACUCUACUCAAAUGGAUUAGUAUUACCAUUACAAGGCUAUCAGAGCGACAAUUUAACAAUUCACUUCUUGGUGUACAACGGCAACUCACCGAAUUUAAUACAUAUCGAAUAGUAGAAAAACCUCCUAAAUUUUCAGAGAAGGGAGACAUAGAAGAAAAAUUAUUCAAUCUGCAAAGUCAAAUGCGUGCUAACAAUCAGAAGGGAUAUACACCAGAGGAGAGUAAAACCGUACGCAAUAUCAACAAGGCUUGGGGGGAGCUGGAGAAAGCUGAACACGAAACGGAACUAGCUCUACGCCAGGAAAUUAUGAGGCAAGAAAGAUUAGAACAGCUAGCGACCUCCUUUGAUAGAAAGGCUAGGUUAAGAUUUCAGUGGAUUACGGAUAAUUUACGCCUGAUUAGCGAUGAAGAUUUUGGCUCUACUUUAACAGCUGUGGAAGCUUCUAAGAAGAAGCAUGAAGCUAUUGUAGCCGAUGUUACUACCUAUCAAAGAAGAGUGCAAGCCCUGAAUGAUCUUCAUGGCGAGCUAGAGAGAGAGAAUUACCAUGAAAUUCAGCGAAUUACAGAAAAACGUGAUGAUGUUUUCGAAACCUGGAAGGAAUUGUUAGAAGCUCUUAAAUACCGUCGUAGCAAGCUGGACCUACAUAUACAACUACAAAUAUUGUUAAGCAAAAUUAGCAGCUGGAAGAACUCUAUAGCAGAAAUAAAGGCCGGAUUCCAGUCGGAAGAUUGUGGAAGAGAAUUAGCUGAUGUUACUAAUUUACUUCAGCAAUAUAACAUACUUGAAACAGAUUUUAAUACCAAUCAAGAGGUUAUUAUGCAUACUGUUGCUGAUGCCAAAGAUUUUGUAGAAGCACUUGAUGAUGCAGAUGAGGACGUUUCUCGUGAAGUCAACGAUGCUGUUGAGGAAAUACAAGAAAUUAUUACUGAAGUGAAUAUGCUUGCUCAAACACGUCGAGCACAAUUAGAACAUGCACAACGUUUAUUUAACUUCUUUACUUAUGUUGAUGAAGAGUUAAAUUGGAUCCAACAAAUUGAACGAUCGCUAACACACACCGAUUUAACCACUAUUAAAGAGUAUGCCUCGGUAGCUUUGGUUGCACGCCGUCAUCGAGCUAUUGCAUCUGAUAUUGAUGGUCAUGAAGCUGUAAUAGAGCAAAUUUUAGAUAAUGGUCAAGAAAUAUUAGCAACUCGAAAUGAAAACGCUGAAGAAGUCCUAGCUAACAUGGAUGAAUUACAGACUUUAUGGUCCAAUCUAAAAGAAUCCGUUGCAAUCCGAUCGAAACGUAUUACAGAAAUAGAAGCGCUUGGACAAUUUCUUCUGGAAGCUAGUAUGAUUGAGUCAUGGAUAACGCUGCACAGUAGUUUAAUGUCAGUCGAUGUUCACUGUAAUGAGGACAGUGGUUUGCGAUCUAUUCUUAAAACACAUCAAAAUUUACAAGAAGAAAUUAAAGCUUACCAAUCUCAAAUUGAAACCUUGGAAGCUUCAGCAGAAGAUUUAGCUGAGAUUGAUAAAGCUUCUGAUGAUGUUGUAGUGCGUCUAUUUACCAUUAAAAAGAAUUAUCAACAGUUAUUAGAGCUAGUGCAAAAGCGUCAUCAUCGUUUAAUGAGUUUACAGCAAUUUUUCGCAUUUCUCAGUGAUGUCGAUACAGUGGUAUCUUUAGCUAAUGAUAAAAUUGUGAUCUUGAAAUCCAUAACUUUACCCAAUGAAUUAAAUGAAGCUGAAAUAAUGAUGAAAAGAUUGGAAGGAAUACAAGCAGACCUGGAUAAAAAUGCCGAUCGCUAUCAUCAUGUACAAGAGCAAAGUGAAGAACUAUUGGAAAGCCUAGAGUAUAAUUUAGAUGAAAUUGAAGCCAUGCGAGAUAAUUGCAAUGAAACUUGGAAUGGAGCACAUACUAUUUUGAAGGAAAAAGUGGAUUGCUUGCAUUGCAAAAUUGGCUUUUUAAAAUUAUGUUUCGACAUUGAUUCUACCACGACUUGGAUUACAGUCAUUACAGCUCGAUUGCGUGAAAAUGUACCUGCUACUACAGAUAGUGAUGCAACAUUAAAAUUGCAAAGUGAAUUAAAUGCUGUUGAACGCGAUUCAGCUGCUGCUAAAGAAAGGAUGACAGCUAUUCUGGAUAACUACAAUGAAUUACCUGAUCUAGAGGAAGAUGAUCGAUGCCAAUUAGAUGAAAAGUUGCAAAAUUUACAAUCUCAAUGGGGUGACUUAAGUGAUCGAAUUGAUCGACAACGCGCUAUCAUUGGAGAUUGCAGUGACUAUCAAAGGCUACUCAUUGAUAUAGAAGAUUUUCUAGACUGGAUUAGCAAAGCUCUUCAAGAAAUUGAUCAGCAAUCUGACCAUGUACCGCUUAAAGCUGCGGAUGCUGAAAUGGCGAUUAAAGUGCACGAGGAUUUACAAGCUGAAAUUGAAAGUCAUGUUCAACUUGCUAGUGAUAUUAACGAAAAAUCGCUUCCUUAUCUUGACGACGAGAAUGAAGAUCAACAAUUGAAAACAAAAUUGACAGAAUUAAAUCAUAAUUGGCAAGAAUUUUUGGAUUUAUAUGAGAAACAUAAGAAAGUUUUACAAGAACGCUAUGAAGAAUCCAUCUUCUACGGAAAUUGUAGGCAAAUUGAAGGCGCACUCCUCUUGCAAGAUAUGUAUGUUGCUCGAACAUUAUCACAAAUUGGAGCUAAUACCAAUACAAAGAGUCGUCCUACUAAAAGAUUGAAGAACCUUGUUCGAUCUGUUAUCAUUAAAGAAAAGCAGAAAAAAAUUUCUUUGUAUAAUUUGGUAGAAAUGUUAAAACAUCAUAAAGAUCAUGAGCGAAGCUUUGAAACUUGUGCUGAAAAAGUAGACGAGCUCAAACAAUUUGCUAGGCGGUUAUCCGUUAAAGAGCAUGAAGAUGGCGAUAAAUUAGUCACUAAAGCUGGUGCACUUGACGAACGCUUAGAGAAAAAUCGUCGACGAUUCCAGCAAACCCAAGAUGAAUUAGAUAAAUCAUAUAAAUAUUACAAAUUUACAGCAGACUGCGAAGGGCUACGCGAUUGGAUCGAUGAAAAAUUAAAAUUAACAACAGACAUUGAUAUAUCGGACAGAUCCAAUGUAUUUGGACUAUUACAAAAGCAUAAUACCUUUGAAGCUGAAUUAGUAGCUACUAAAGAUCAAUUAGAUCAGGUUAAAGAAACUGGAGAGAAUCUGAUGGAAGUUUAUCCGGAUCUGCAAAACGAAAUUGAAGAAAAUCUGGAUGGUUUGCAAAAGCAAUGGUUGGCACUCUGUCAAGCAUCCGCUCAUCAGGGGGGAAAGUUGAAAAAUCUCGAUUAUCAACGUCAAGUUCAAUUGGCUGCUAAUGGAUUUGAAGACUGGAUUAACUCUGUGGAGGUUUCCCUUAACAAUGAAGACACCGGUAAAGAUCUGAUUACAUGCGAUCGACUCCUGGCAAAACAAACGGAGGUUGAGAACGAAUUAGCUAAUCGUAAGAAGCGCCUUUCAGAACUGUACAAUCCAGAUGGCGAAGACGAUAAUGAAGUUAAGGAUCAAAUUAACUCACUUAUAAAUAGAAUUGAUGAAUUUGAUGAACCAUGCAAAAAGCGACGACAACUAAUAAAUGCAUCACGACAACGUCACCAGUUUAGCUUUAAAGUCGAUGAUGAACUGCUGUGGAUCCAUGAGAAAAAAAUGCUUGCUAUGUCAGAAGAAACUGGAAAUAACUUAUCAGAAAUCAGAAGCCAGAAUAGAAUGCAUCAGCAUUUACGAAAUGAAAUUAGUCAUCAUGAGCCACUCUUUGAGUCGAUAUUUCAAGUAGCUGAUGAGUUGAUGAAGGUAGAUCCUAGCUUAAUCGAAGAUAUCCAAAGUAAAACUGAUCUUUUAGAAUCUGAAUGGGUUAGCUUGGAAGAUUGUUGUACAAAUCGUGACGAAUUGUUAGCUAGAUAUACCAAAGCUUUUAAGUUGAUGUUUGAUCUAAAUGAAUUUCAAGAGUGGGUUAAUGAAAAGCUUGCCGUUAUUGAUUCACAAGAUAAACCCAAGGAAUUAAAUUCUGCUGUAGACAAUAUCGAGAAUAUAGAUGAAGACUUUGUAAACGCCCUCGAGGAUCAAAGAGAGCAUAUCAAUGAAAUUUAUGAAGAAUUUUGUAGCUUGGCUCAAGAGAAAACUGAACUUUAUCAACUCUUACUUAGAAUUUAUCGAUUUAAACGUGAAGUUGAUGAUUUAAAUCAGUGGACACAAGAACAUACCUUACUAGCCAAAUCACAAGAUUGCGGAUAUGACUAUGAACAGCUACAGGUUAUAAGCAAAGCUUUUGAAAAAUGGGUUGAGACAUCUAAGAUCCAAGCUUCUGACCGCAUCACUAAGGUCCAUACAGAAGGUAACGCAAUUAUCGAAGCAUGUCCCCAAAAAACAGAGACACUACAGGAAUGGAUAAAUUCUGUGGAUAUAACGUGGGACGAGUUUUUGCAGCAAGUAGAAGAAAGGCGAGAGCUAUUAAGUAAGACAAGAGAAUUAUACAAGUACUACUUUGAUGCUCAUGACUUAUUACAAGAAUUGCAGUUUAAGGAACAAUCUCUUGUCAAUGACCUUGGAUUUAACCUAAAUACCACUUCGUCAUUGUGCCGUAUACAUCAAAACUUCCAAUUGGAAUUUGUUAAUUUCGAAAAUCAGGUCAGUAAUAUACGAGCUGAGGCACAACGUUUAGUGGAGGAAUCUUCAGAAGGAGAAAAAGUUAUGAAAGUGAAAGAGGAUGUUGAUAAAGCUUGGAUAAAUUUAGCUCGCCGGAACGAGUGGAGAAGCUAUUAUCUUCAGCAAACACAGGAAGUAUUCAAAGCAACGGUGGUUGUUGAUGACUUAAUUGAUUGGAUUUGUGAUAUGUACGAAGAAGUUAAUCAAGUUAAUAACAUUGAUCCUCCGGUGGAUAUUGAUUCAUGUCGGAGAUCAAUCAACGACAUGUUUAACUCUAAAGAGGAAAUUUCCAGCUAUGAAGAUAAAUUUACCCACUUACGAUCCCAAAUUGAUGAUUUACAAAAUAACGAAAAUUACUGCCGGAACGAGCUGGAAGUGCAAUGGAAAGGUGUUCAAAACUUAUACGAAAGGCUUACAUUAAAUUGGGAUCUACACUACAAGGAAUUAGCUUUAUUCUUGAGCGUAUUUCAAUUUGAAGAAGAUCUUAAGAAAGGAGAAUCUUGGCUAGCAUUCCAGGAAGAUAAAAGUCGAAAAUUUGAAAUUACCGAAUUUGAGAAAUAUAAGCUCAAUGGACUUGAUGAUAAAGUGGAAUUAUACGAAGAAAAAGAUACCUUGCUUCGUAAUCAGGAAUUGAGCAAUCAUCAAGUGGAUAAGGAGUAUUUAUCGCUCUUAAUUAAGCAUCAGCAAUUAUUGCAUUCCUCGGAUGGUUUUGAACUUGAUGGCAGUGCUUUCCAAGAAGAGGAACAACAAGUAGAUGAUCAAGAAAUUGUUCCAAAAGACACCGAAAACCAAGAAUCAGAGCAGCUGCUAAUAGAAGAUCUAGAAAUUAAUCCAAAAGCAGCCUUAAAUCAAGAAACAGAGUUGCGGCUAAUAGAAGAUCAAGAAAUUAUUCCGGAAGUAUACGAAAAUCGAAAAGCAGAGCUACGUCUAAUAGAAGAUCAAGGAAUUAAUCCACAUGUAGCAGAAAAUCAAGAAGCAGAGCUAAUGCCAAUAGAAGAUCAAGAAAUUAAUACACAAGCAGCCGAAAAUCUAGAAGGUGCUCCUCUGGUCUCGCUUGAAAUAUCUCUAUCUCCAGCAGGGAGCGAUAUAUCAGAAGAUGUAGAUCCUAAUUUGCAGAUAUCAGAUAAUUCUGGUUAUGAUAAGCUAACCUUCCACGUAGAUCCUUCUGCUAUAGACGAGCAUAUCAAUGAUCAAAUUAACCUUGAAGUGAACGAGGAACCACCUCAUGGGAUGGAUAUUGCUUUGGAUUCUACUGUACCAAACGCUAACGUUGCGUUAGAUCUCAAUCAUAAGGACGAAAUUGAGCCAGACUAUAAACCUCAUUUCGAAUUUAAUCAAGGAAUUAAUAUGGAUAUAAAUUCAGAGCCGAAUAUGAAAGCUCCAGAUGUAGAAUUAUCCGCCGAAGGCCAUGAAAGCGCUUACUUUAUACCUCAUGGCAAUGAAAUGGAAAAUCAGGUGCCAGAAUCACAAGUUAGAGAGGCUAGUGAAGAUCUAGCCACAGCUGUUUCGGCCCCUGAAGCUAUAAUAGAAGCUACUAAACCUCAAUAUGAAGAAUUUACGAGAAUAAAGAAAGACCCUGUACAUAUAAAGACAGAAAGAGAAAAAACUAUGCGAGAAGUUGAAGAAGAGGCUAAACCGCAGGAUAAACCAAAAGAACAACCAAAAGAACAAUUAGAAGAUAAACCACAGGAUGGUGCACCACUCCGUCUAAUUGGAGUUAUUCAUCGAAAACAUGUUAUGGAACGAAAAGGCAGGAAAUCGGAAAAAAGAUCGUGGGAUAAAUUGAUUGCAGCCGUUUUUGGGUUAGAAUUGCGUUUCUAUAAGGACAGGAAACACUAUGAUGCGAAAAUUCAAGCCUCUCAUUCACCUAUAUCAAUCAAGAAAAUGAAAUGCCAGUUAGCUAGCGACUAUAAGAAAAAGAAGAAUGUUUUUAGAAUUGCAUUAUCCGAUGGAGCUGAAUUUCUAGUGCAAACCGAUGAUGUGGGAUAUUAUUUUCAAAAGGGUUGUAACCUUGCAUAUCUACAUUUGCCGGUAUAUUAUUCUCAGGCGAUUGAUAUCAUAAAGCUAUAG